AUGCCCACCUACAGUCCCAAGGCGCAGGCGGCACUCCUCAAAGCCGCCAACCGAGUAUUCAAGCCGAAGCGGUCCGCCGACUCUCUCGAUGAGCUCAACGACGGUGUUGUUCUCGGCUAUAUCCUACAUGAGCUCGAUCAAGAUUUCGACCCCACUGAGCUCGAGGCGAAUACCGGCACAUCACGAUACCUAACCAACAAGAGGAAUAUCCAGAAUGUCUACAAGGGUCUCUUCCGCUUCAUUCGUCGUCAAGCACCUGAACUUGGAUGCCAGGCAAAGAAGUUUGACUACCAUGCCAUUGCCGAGAACCCCGAACCCCAGGGCCUCUGCCAGCUUCUGGCUGUCAUGCUCUCGGCCGCCGCCAUGGGCCCAGACAACCAAAAGUUCGUUCCCAGGCUUCAAUCCGGCCUUGAUAAGCAGACACAGGCAGAGAUUAUGCAAAUCAUCCAAACGAUACAGCAAGACAUUCAAAACUCGAGGGGUGAUGAUGAUCUGGACGAGGCUAUUGACGCCGUCAUGGAAGCCCGAGACAUCGAUCUGCUUGUCGAGGAGCAGAACGCAGACCUACGACAAGAACUCGACAUUUGCAAAAAGGCCCUAUCAGAUUAUAUCACCCGCCUCGAGCAUCUUCAGCAAAGCCACGAGGAGCUCAAGUAUGAGAAGGAGAAGAACGAUCGCGAACUCGAGGUGCUACGGAAAGCAACUCAGGAUGGCGCUAACAGCGCCGAGGCGAUCAAGUCACUCGAGGCUCAAAUUCAUGAUCAGAUGGAAAUAAUCGCCAGGCACGAAGAGGCGAUACGAAAAGACUCGCGCAUCAAGGCGCAACUUGAGAGCGAGGUCCAGAAACUGACCGAGCGAUGUAGAGAAGCCGACGAGUUUCGUGAUAGUGCAGCAGAGUGGAGGCACAAGGCUGAGGAGCUUGAGAAGAAAGCCAAUACCGCAGAGCGGUAUAAGCAGAAGAUCGAGUCCCUACAGCAUGUUGUCAAGGAAGUCCAGAACCUCCGGUUCGAAAAGGGGGAGUUGCAGGACCAGGUCCGGUUACUCUUGGACCAACAGGACAAGAGUUCCCGCGCCAGGACAGCAGAGGAUGAACUGACCAAGAUGAUCACCCAGUCCGAGCAGCAUCUCUGGGAUGAGCGAAAUCAAAAGACCCAACUGAUGAGGGACUAUGCUGCCCUCGAGGACGAAGUGAUUCGCCUACGGGCUCGACAGAGCCACGACGAAAACUUUAUCAGGGAUCUCCAGGAUCAGAUCCAGAGCGGUACCUCUGUUGAGAGCCCACCACUUGGCAUGAGCAUGGCUGGGGGGGCUCCUACCAGUCUUGAGGAUGAACUGAACGAUGCAGCUACCGAGGACGGUGCCCAGAUUAACAUACCUUUAGAAUUGUCCCGUCUCAAGGCCGAGAACGAUCUAUUGCGCAGCACUGUGGGCUCCGAAAACACAGCACCACUUCGGCGGGAGCUGGACGAGGAGAAGAAACAGAGAGCUCACUUGCAGAAAUCCUACAACGAUAUCUUCGAGAAGCACGCUGUUGCACAGGACCAAAUUGAAGCUUUGAUCAACAACAUGACCGACGAAGGGUUAGUCAAGGCGAUUCAUGAGGCAAACAUUCCCCAUGGGGUACACGUACUUACUGGUGGCUUUUACAGAACCAAGGCGUUUAUCAAUCUUCGUCAGGAUCUCAUGCAGACCCAAUUCGAGCUUGAGCAGGCGAAGAAGCGGGAGAAGGACCUGACUGCCCAGGUGGCUGAUCAAGGUCGUGAUCUCGUCGCCGCUCGAGCAGAGCUCUCAGCUCUUGGCCACGAGGGUGCUGACGCUCUUAAGGAGCUCAAGACCGCCGAUGUUGUCAUCAUCUCUUCGCUCAAGUCGGAACUCGACCAUGCGCGAGAGGAGCUCAGCUACUGCGUUGCGGAGCGAGAUGCACAACAGACGCAACUCGUCCAGGCUCUCCUUGAUAAGGACAAGCUUCGGAAAGCCGUCGAAGAGGGUGGACUCUUGCAAGAUUCCAACUCAGGAGAGGGUGACGCACCUGACGGUGACAAGAAGAGCGAGCUGAUCGCGAAACUGCGCACUCGACUCCUUGAAAAACGCGGGCAACUCGAGCGCUCAGAGACGGACAAGAUUGAGCUCCAACGCAAGCUCAAGGCUGCUCACGACGGAGAAGCCGUGGCAGCACAAAAGGCGGCGAGCGACCAAAUCAUUCGGAACCUCGAGAGGGAAAACGCCCUCAUCGCGACAGCAUGGUAUGAUCUCACGAGCCGGCUCCAGAGCAACCACGUCGUUCUACAACGGCGGAACGACGCCCCCAGGAGCUGGCUUAACAAGCAGAGGCAGAUGGUCAAUGGUCAGUUGCGCUUCCGCGACUCGCUCUACCUCUACUGA